AUGGCACCCAAAACCCUCAAUUUCAUCACAGGCAACGCAAACAAAUUAUCCGAAGUCCAAGCCAUUCUCUCAAAAACUCCCGUUCAACUCCAAAGUCAAAAUGUCGAGCUCGUAGAAAUUCAGGGCACGAUUGAAGAGAUUUCCAAGGAUAAGGCGAGGAGGGCAGCUGAUGCGAUCAAAGGACCAGUUCUUGUAGAAGAUACAUGCUUAUGUUUUGAUGCUUUUGAUGAGUUGCCUGGUCCUUAUGUGAAAUGGUUCCUCAAAGCCCUCGGCGUCAAGAAAUUUCAUCUCUUACUCGCGGGUUUUGAAGAUAAGUCUGCGCAGGCGGUUUGUACUUUUGCGUAUAGUGAGGGACCGGGGAUGGAGCCGAUUGUCUUUCAGGGAAGGACGAAUGGGAGGAUUGUUGAGGCGAGGGGGCCUGCGGAUUUUGGUGAGUUUUGGAUCGAGCCUGCUAUCACUGCCAAUGGUUGGGACGCCUGUUUUGAGUAUGAGGGCCAGACUUAUGCUGAGAUGCCGAAGGAGGAGAAGAAUUUGAUCUCGCAUCGUGGAAAGGCGUUGCAGAAGUUGAUUGCGUGGUUGAAUCAGGAGGUGGAGGCGUAGAUGUCGUCCCUGAUCCAGACGUCUCUUUCUAUCACGACGACAUCCGUGGGCUUGUUGCGAGUCUUGUCGUCGAGAUCAGGGCUGUAGACGAAGCCUCGUCCGUAGAGGACGAUGCUCUUCAUGGUCCUGCUCACAUUGAAGAACUCAUUUCCUGAAAACAAACUCCGACACACGCUCAUCCAUGCAAAAACAUCGGAUUAUCCUCAUCCUUUUGCUCUUCUUGCGCCUUCACAUCUCCCUCCUCCUUCCCGUUGUCUAUCCUCCACUGCUCGAUCCACUUCUCGAUCCUCUCCACAUUACUAUCCACAUCCUCCGUGGUCUCGCUCUUCAUCUCAACCACAAUCUGCUCAUCAUAGGCGUCCCGCGCUUCUUGCAGCAAAACCUCCAUAAUCUCGCAAUCCAUAUUCUCUUCCAGCUUCUUCUCCCCAUAACCUCUAGCCUUGAGACGAUCGUAGAGGAGUUUGUUAUCGCAUCGUAUCACGCAUACGAGGUCAAUGAGUGAAACUGGGAAGAGAUCGCAAGCAUGCCAGUCAAUGAUCUGUCCGCCUUCUUCGAGGUCGUUUUCGAUGCAGUCUAGCAAGCGAUCUUCGUCGACUAUUUUGGUUUUAGGAUCGUCCGGGUCAUUGCUGGUCUCGCCGAUGUUAUGUUUCUUGACGACUUCAUUUAUGGAGAGGUGGUGGAGACCGGUACGCUGGGCAAGUUCUUCGCAGUGGGUCGUCUUGCCUACACCUGGUGUGCCGGUGAUGAUGAUGUUGGGAGAUGUGCGCAACAUGGCGAAAGUUCU